AUGUCAAGGCGACAGCAACAACAUCAGAAGACACAGAUUGAGUCGCAGGAAGCUUUUAAGGCUCGUAUAGCGAACCUCGAGACUCUAGUCGAUGAUUUGCGUAGCCAUAUCAAAGAGAACCCCAGAAAAUCUAGGCUCCCUUCUGAGGAGGGAGAUGUGGAAAUGGCCGAAGUCGUGCAUAGCGACCUUGGAAAGCUGAUAGGUAAAGAAGGACAGAGUAGAUAUAUGGAAAACAGCUUCUGGGAUAUUCUAUCAGAAAAGGUAGAUGAUAUUCGAUAUCUUCUAGGCUCUCAUUCCGACGAGGAGGACGAGGAUGAGAACGAGGCGGAUAGUAAGACUCCACCAGUGUCAGACACCUUAUCAUCGGAACGAGCACACCAUGGAUUCAUAUUCGCCUUCAAUUCGCUCGUUGGCGGUCUAUCUGCCUUUCAUCCCAGUAUAUAUCAUAAAUCACUCCUGUGGAACGUCUUUAUCAAUAACGUGGAUCCAUUAGUGAGAUUAUUGCACAAACCUGGAAUGCAGAGAGAAAUGAUGAGGGUGACCGACAAUCAUACCAGCGAACCGACAAAACCCUUUGAGGCGCUACUUUUUGCUGUGUACCUGGCAAGUGUCACGAGCAUGUCAGCUGAAGACUGUCGGAUCUUAUUUCAGGAAGAAAGACUGGCUCUUUUGGAUCGAUACCGAUUUGCCGUUCAGCAAGCACUGGCACGGGCAAACUUUCUCUCGUCCCGUACCAUAGUGACUUUGCAAUCUCUGCUGAUCUACUUGGCUUGUGACCGUGGGUCUGAGGAUAGCUCGCUGGUAUGGGUCAUGACGGGUACCGCUAUCCGCUUAGCCCAGUCUCUUGGACUUCACCGCGAUGGGACUUUAUUUAACCUGUCGCCCUUUGAAACUGAAAUGCGACGUCGACUAUGGUGGCAGUUAUGCCUCCUCGAUGUGCGUACAGCAGAAAACAACGGCUCCAACCAGGAUAUUUCUCAACGGAACUUUGACGCGAGGCUUCCUCUAAAUAUCGAUGAUUCCGCGCUAGAUCCUUCCAUGACUGAAACACCAGUACCUAAAUCCAGCUUCACGGAGACGACUCUGUCCCUAAUCAGAUAUGAGAUCAUUACCGUCCUGCGGCGCCUGCGAAGCCAAUCCUAUGCCCCUGGGAACAUCAAAUAUACCCCAACAUUACAAGAGAUUGAUACAGCCACGGAGAGAUGCAGGAAGAAUAUUAAGGAUAACUACCUCAAAUACUGCGAUCCAAAGGUUCCAUUUCACUCGUUCAUGGAAAUUGUGAGUCGUAUGAUGAUUGCCAGGAUGUGGAUCAAUGUUCAUCAUCUAUUCCGGCUGAGAGUAGUAACAGGAACUAUAUCGGAGGAUAUCAAAGAACGGAUUUUCAGUACCUCAUUGGAAAUUGUCGAGGCUUGGCUCUCCCUCAACACAGAAAACAACCUCCGACAGUGGAGAUGGGCUUUUCAAAAUUAUGUUCCCUGGCAGGCUCUAGCCUUUAUCCUCUCUGAACUUUGUACUCGCACUCGCGGCAUCGUGAUCGACCGCGCCUGGAUCAUUGCACGCAAAGCAUUUGACGAGUGGACCAACAUUAUCACAGACGACCCCCACAAUAUGUUGUGGCUCCGCAUCAAAAAACUGCUGGUGAUGGCUCAGAAGGCUCAGAAGGCUCGAGAUUCGAUACUCACUGAAACAUCUCCGUCUUCCCGGGUGGCAGCUGCAACCACUUCGGAGUAUCACCUCCGUCUGCCUAAUGCGUGGGAUCCGCUUGACAAGCUACAAUCAGGCCCAGAAUCGGUUUCAUUUUUCAGAGAUCACCAAACGGCUCAACUUGGUGUGGCUGCUCUCACCGGACCGUCCGAUGUCUCACAGAUCAUGGGACGGCAGGAAUAUCAGUGGACUCCAGAGGAGGCGGCUGUGAUUGGGGACAUUGACGAGGGUCUAUCUGGGAACCCCUUUGGUCUUGUCUACUGGGAUGCGGCGACGGAUAAUAGUGAUACUAUGGUAAACAGACCAGGUUUGUUUGACGAGCCUAAUAUUUGGUGGUAG